GCUCUGCACUGAAGUCAAUCUGGAAACUGGUAGGCCAUGAUUACAGUUACUGAAUGUGACCUGAGGGGCGCAUGAACGAGAAUGUAAAAUGAGCGGCUUAGGGACCCAGCAAGAGCGCAGGUGGCCCCGUGCGUGAGUGUGUGCACGCGCUGCCUCUUUAUAUUGGAAUAUUUGUCCGAACAAUUAGUAUUGAGCUCGAAGCGAAGACAGCAUGGAGAUGCAUUCGUCAGCGAUUUGGGGGUUUAUUGUUCUGUUUUUAACACUUGUAGUUUGUACCGCAGGAUCCUCAAUAGGCCCACCUGUUCACGGGAAGCCUGGAGUGUGUCCUUGUGAGAAAGGACCAGGGCCGUGUGUGGAGUUGUGCUCCGAUGACUUCAACUGUACCAAGAACAAGAAAUGCUGUUCUAACGGAUGUGGGCAUCAAUGCUUCGCCCCCUACACAGGGAAGCCAGGAGUUUGUCCUUGCAUUGGAUGGGGACCACGGCACUGUGGGGAGAUAUGCUCCCGUGACUGCGACUGUCCCGGCAACCAGAAAUGCUGUUCUACCGGAUGUGGGCAUCACUGCAUCGCCCCCUACACAGGAAAGCCUGGAGUGUGUCCUCGCAAGACAGUCGUAAAUGGGAUCUGCCCAUCUGAGUUGUGCUCCAUGGACUGCGACUGUCCCGACAAAAAGAAAUGCUGUCCUAACAGAUGUGGGCGCCAAUGCACCUCGCCUCUCUGGGCCUGAGGGGUUUUGUCCAGGAGAGCAGAAGUGCUGUCCGACAACCUGUGGCCACUCCUGCAGCGACCCGUCCUGAUUGGUUAGGAGGUCAAACAUUGUAAGGUUGAGGUUUUGAAAGCACUGUAUGUCGUUGGUUCAUCCGAAGGCAAAGGAGUGCCUGAUUUCUUUUUUUUUUUUACCGUCUUUGUACGGUUCUAACCAAAAUAAAACUUUCAACUUAA